UAUAACCAACAACGUUUGUUUGAAUGUCGCGGAACACACGUUAAGCUCCGUUCGGAGGUUGUCUCUGAUACUUCAGAAAGUGGACAUGAUUUCGUACUAGAUGGAAUUAUUUUUUAAAUAGUAUUUUUGGAACAUGUCAUUUCGGAUUUGUACAUUAAUGGAUUACAGUGUAAGGAUUUGCCAAAGUACAUCAACUUUUUUUUUCAUAACGGAGCACUUUGGUAUGUAAGUGAUUUAUAGCUGAUUGCUGUCAGGUAUUCAUACGUCAGUGCAAACAGCUUGUGUUCAUAGUCAGUGAUACAUUUAAUUCCAAAUAAUUGCAGUGUGACAGACGGAUUUUAGAAUCAGUGCUGCAGUGAUUUCUGAUACAGACUUUGCUUAACCUUAUCAAGACGAAUCAAGUCAACAUACUUCGACCGAAACCCGCAUUUAGUCUGCACAGCAAUGCUCACUCUGAUUAAUUUAUUUUCGGUGUAGAAAAUCAGGAAACUCGAAAGAGAAAUCUGACGAUCAAGUGAUAUGGAUGUGCUUGGACAUUUUGACUAUGCGUCGUACGACAGCUAUAAUAUUUCCGUAUGGAAUGAUUCCUACCAUUAUUAUCCGGAUGCUGCGAAUAAAUCCUGGAAUUCAACAGGACAGGUAGAGCUGUACUACGUUCCGGUCGGACUAAUUGUCCUGCUUGCUUUCCUUUACGGUUCCAUUUCAUUGUUUGCAGUCAUCGGCAAUGGCAUCGUCAUCUACGUCAUCAUGGCGAAUAGGAAGAUGCAAACUGUCACUAACAUCUUCAUCGCCAAUCUCGCUCUUGCUGACGUCAUCAUAGGUCUUUUUUCGAUCCCCUUCCAGUUCCAGGCGGCCCUUUUACAACGUUGGGUUCUGCCUUACUUUAUGUGCAGACUGGCCCCUUUCGUCACAAAUAUAAGCGUCAACGUUAGUGUUUUUACUCUCACGGUCAUCGCCAUCGACCGUUACAUCGCUGUCAUCUACCCGUUAAAGGCAGGUUUUAAGAAGCAAGUCGCCGCUGUGGUACUGGCUGUUAUUUGGGUGGUUGGAAUAUCGUCUAGUUUACCGAUGGUUAUCCACUUCCGGGUUGGAUUAACAUUGACCCCAAAAGGAGACAAGGUCCCAUUUUGCAAUCCAAAAUGGCCGAAACGUUUCGGGAGGUACUAUUACAUGUAUUUGUUGGUAGUACAAUAUCUAAUUCCGCUUAUCAUCAUCAAUUUCUCCUACUUCCGAAUUGCUUUUAAGAUUUGGGGCACGAAGGCGCCCGGACAGGAUAUUGACCGGCGAGACAAUGUCAGGACAAGAAACAAGAAAAAGGUAGUGAAAAUGCUGAUCAUCGUUGUCUGUCUGUUCGUCCUGUGCUGGAUGCCGCUACAGGUGUAUCAAGUCCUGUCUGAACUUUACGUGGAAGUUAACAAAUACAAGUACAUCAACAUUAUAUGGUUUUGUUCCAACUGGUUAGCUAUGUCCAAUUCCUGCUACAACCCAUUCAUCUACGGCCUCCUUAAUGAGAAGUUCAAGAGAGAGUUCAGACUGCUGUUUCGCGUUUGUGCCUGUCGCCGAUCUGAAAAAGAGAGUGAGCUUGGAGAGUAUUCCGACGACAGUGCCAUCAACCGGGGAAGUACUGUGAUGCUGAAUGGGCGGGAAACUCUUCAACUCAACGGCAAACUGCAUAAAUCACGCAGAAACACGAGACCUACACAUACAAACGAGACAGAACAGAGCAUGAUGUGAUGUGCGCAUGUGCAACUUGGAGACGGAUUUUAACUUGAUUCAGGGGAAUAUGAAUUAAUAUGCGUCGUUGGGCAGUUAGAUAGUGUCUGUUGAGUUUAAAAGGCUGAGCGGGAAUCUUUAGCCAAUGUUGGAAUUGUAACAUUUUAUUUAUCUAUUUAUUCUUUUAUUUUACAUUCUAAGAUUAUCUAUAAAGUAACGUGUAAAUUGUUUUUCGGGAUAUGAUCUAUUUUUGUCAGAAAUGAUUUCAACGACCACCAAGUCCGCAGUAUGAUAUACUGUACAUUAAUUGUGGUAUAGUGCGCACCUGUCAUCUUACGUUACUGUAGUUCUGUAGGUCUGACCUUGUUUUGUCACCCGAUAAAGAUAAUACAGCAAAAUUUUCUGCAGAAUAUAUUUUUAUUCAAUAAAUCGCAUUUAUCAUUUAAAAUGUUACUUGUAAUUUUAUUUUUUUUUAUUUUUAAAGUCAGCGUUAUAGCCAAUUUACCUAUCCGUUUUAAAACCUCGUUGUUACAAUCUAGACACUUAUACACAAAUCAUUUAAACCUAUCAGGUUAUUGCUCCUUUAUUUAUUCUACAAUAUUAGUUCUUCUUGAAAAACACCAAAUGUCCAAAUGGAUUUUUUUUUAUAUUAGUCAAGAAUUUAAAUUAACCAAUGCGCUCUUGCCGAUUUUAUUGGCUUAUCUUUAAGUUUUUUCAAAUGACUUAAAGUACGUUGAUGAUAAGUUUUGAUCGGGAUCUCUGCAAUGUAUUACUUAGAAUUUAUAAAGACUUCUGUGUCGAUUAUCAAGUAAUAUUUGACGCCGAUAUUACCGGUGAAUGAUAGCGUGUGUUCCUUUAUCGGAGUCGUACCAGUUGUACCAAAUAUGCAUAAUAUUGUUAAAUGGAAUGCAAUUGAAUCUCUAGUGAGAAUCCAAAAUGGCGGCCGUCGCUCGCUUCAAACAUAAAAAAAAGUCCUGUUUUAAAAACGUAACAUAUGUAAAAUAAAAUACCUAAAUUGUUCUAACAAACAUUGACAUAUAUUAUACACAAAGUAUCAUCGCAAAUAAAGAGUUGCCAUCUCGUUUUUAACAAAAAUCAAAGUUCGUUUAAAAAAACAAUCCACGAGAAUCGGUUCGGUUCUGCCAGUACAGCGCGUCCCAUUAUGAGUACAACAGAAUCGAGCCGGUACAAGUGGUACGAACACGAUAAAGGAAGGCACGGAUAAUUAAGAAGAUUAGUGCUAGCUUAGUAUUAUAGUUUAAUAGAUGUACAGGCAGCAACAUGGACAUUGUAUAGAGCUGAAAAGGGUCAUUCCAUUAAUGGAAUGGGUGAUCUGCAUAACUGUGAAUGUAUAUAUAUAUAUAUAUAUAAUAUGUGUAUGCUGAACACGAAACUGAAGCAAAAAUAAAGGC